UCACGUCUCCGUCUCUUUCUGUAGCCCUCAUUCCAGCACAGGAUCUCAGUGACUAUCCCCUCUUCCCCCUAAACACUCCAGCGCGCAGAGUCCUUUCUUUUCCCUCAUUUACAACUUCUUUUGAAAAGAGAACAUUUUCCAGAGAAAGGGGCUUUUCUAAACAGAAAGAAUAUAAGACAAAAGCCACAGCAACCCUACUUUCAGCAUGGCAUUGUCACCAGCCCCCUUUGCAUGGUGAUGUGAUUAAGGAAACUAGAUUCCUGCCAGAUUUUGAAUCUGGACAAUAAAGAGAUACUUUGUCUAGCUUCUUUUUGGAAUCAUUUCGGAAUAUUUUCCACAAGCAUCACAGAAACAGGAAUGAAUCGGCAGCUAGUGAAAAUUUUGACAGCCUUGUUUGCAUUUUUCUUAGAGACAGACCACUUCAGGGCAGUUUUCUGCAAAGAUCAUGACACCAGGUCUGGCAAACAACCUUCGCAGACCCUAUCUCCUUCAGAUUUCUUGGACAAAUUGAUGGGAAGAACAUCAGGAUAUGAUGCGAGAAUCAGGCCAAAUUUUAAAGGUCCUCCAGUAAACGUUACUUGCAAUAUUUUUAUCAACAGUUUUGGAUCAGUCACAGAGACCACCAUGGACUACCGAGUGAAUAUUUUUCUGAGACAACAGUGGAAUGAUUCACGGCUGGCCUACAGAGAGUAUCCAGAUGAUUCCCUGGACUUGGACCCAUCUAUGUUAGACUCCAUUUGGAAACCAGAUUUGUUCUUUGCCAAUGAGAAGGGUGCCAACUUCCAUGAUGUCACCACUGACAACAAGUUGCUGCGCAUUUCAAAAAAUGGCAAAGUGCUCUACAGUAUCAGACUCACCUUGACCUUAUCCUGUCCCAUGGACUUGAAGAACUUUCCAAUGGAUGUUCAGACCUGCACGAUGCAGCUGGAGAGUUUUGGGUACACCAUGAAUGACCUGAUAUUUGAAUGGUUAAGUGAUGGUCCAGUGCAAGUGGCUGAAGGACUGACUUUGCCCCAAUUUAUUUUGAAAGAAGAGAAGGAACUUGGCUACUGCACAAAGCACUACAACACUGGAAAGUUUACCUGCAUUGAGGUCAAGUUUCACCUGGAACGCCAGAUGGGAUAUUAUUUGAUCCAGAUGUACAUCCCCAGCUUGCUGAUCGUCAUUUUGUCCUGGGUCUCCUUCUGGAUAAACAUGGAUGCAGCCCCUGCUAGGGUUGCCCUGGGCAUCACCACAGUCUUAACGAUGACCACCCAGAGUUCAGGUUCCAGGGCAUCUCUGCCAAAGGUCUCCUAUGUAAAAGCAAUUGACAUCUGGAUGGCAGUGUGCCUUCUGUUUGUGUUUGCUGCCUUACUGGAGUAUGCAGCAGUGAACUUUGUCUCCAGGCAGCACAAGGAGUUCUUGCGCCUCCGAAAAAGACAGAAGAAGCAGAACAAGGAAGAAGAUGUGACUCGUGAAAGUCGUUUUAAUUUUAGUGGUUAUGGGAUGGGUCACUGCGUCCAAGUGAAAGAGGGAACAGCUGUCAAGGCCACACCUGCCAACCCACCUCCACAACCCCCAAAAGAUGCAGAUGUCAUCAAGAAGAAGUUUGUGGACCGGGCAAAAAGGAUUGACACAAUAUCUCGCGCUGCCUUCCCAUUGGCCUUCCUCAUAUUCAACAUCUUUUACUGGAUCACAUACAAGAUCAUUCGGCAUGAAGAUGUCCACAAGAAAUAGAUGUGCCCUACGGAUGCUGGGACCUUCUUGCCCAAGUGUUGUGCUUGUAAAUACACAGUGAAAUUGUCUUUAUAUCAUUUUGACAGAGGAAAAGACUGAGGGAGGGGGGAGGGAGGACCAUGAGGGUGGGCUUCCUGGCACCUACAUGAAAAAAGUUGUGUGGGCAAUGAAGAAAACUGUUUGCACAAAAGUAAGAUGUUGCAGAAUCACAUGAGCAUAAUUCCCAUCUAUAGUCUGUAGCACUGUUCUUUAAGAUGGCACAUCAAUCAGACAUGAUAUGCAGGGUCAAGUUCUCAAGGGCUGAUUAUCUUUUGGUUUGGUUUGGUUUUGACUAAUUCUGGUACUGAAAAGUAAGCUUAAAACAUACACGCACACACACCCUGAAACGCUUGCCAUCUGACAUAGUGACUAGUCUGUAGUGAGUUGAGGACUAAUCUUUCACAGGAAAAUGCUGCCUCGUUUUUAAAACAAGCCUCCUAAGCUAUGUUCCUUACAAAGUCUGUAAUUAGUGUUUCAUCCAAGGAAUCCUUUUGUGAGUAGUAAAGUAUUUCUAAGUAUCCAGAAAACAACAAAAAACACCAAUGACAAAGAACAGAUUUCUACUUUACUGUCUAUGUAGGUGUGCACUUUGAUAUUAUUUUUCUUUCCUAGGUGUAAUUUUGGGGUUUAAAUUGUGUAUUGUGUAAUUAUUUGAUACUAUCAAAUAAUAUACCCUCGUAAAAUAAAUGAUCAUUUUAUUUUAGAUCCAAGUCAGUGCACUAUAUAUAUGCAUAUAUAUAGAUAAUUUUUUUUUGCUAUGUUUAUGUGUGACUUGAAGUGCCCAAGUGUGACUUAGCCAUUGCAGCCACUCAGCAAUCGUAUUUAUGGAGAUGGUGUGUCCUGAAUGGUGUGGUUCAGAUUAGCUUGAAUUUCCCAUUUCUGCUCUAAUUGUAGACGUAACUUCUAGUCCUAAUGUUGACUGACUCAUGAUUUCUACUGUCAAUCUAAGUGAAUAUCAUUUUAAAUAUCCUUGAUUAACUUAAGGAAUUUUAAAAUUGUACUGUGACUUUCAUAACCCGUUUGGUACCAGAGCUACGUGGUUUAAAUUCUGGCUACACGUUUUAAGUAGGAAAAUAAAAGACGUAUUUUUGCUUACUAAGAUAAAAUACAAUCUGUAAAAAUAUAAGAAAAAAAUCAAAUUUUACAUGUGCUGUAAAAGCAGUUAUUUAAAAAAGCAUUUGUUCAAUUUCAAUAAAGCUAAGUGUGC